UCUGCAGAAAAUUACUAUCAAGCACUGAAUGCUGUAUUAAGCAUUGAGGACGGGGCUAACGACAACUUAACAGCUUUGCUGAGUGGCUUCACAAAACUGCCGUUUAAUACAGAAGAAAUUAGUAACAUUAUUCGCACUAAAGACUGUAAACCGAAAUCAAGCGAAUGUGAAUGUCAACCAAACUUUGAAGAUGGGCCAGAGUGUCUCCCUGAAAAGAGAGUUUCAGUCAAUGGAACGAUUGUCUAUCAAAAUAAGACUUACAGCAAUGACUACACAAAUCGAGAAUCUAAAGAAUUUCAGGAACUGAGCGAUGAGCUAACUCGGGAGUUUUCAAAAGAAUACAGUAAACUGAAAUGGUUUAAUUCCCUGACCAUUCUACAAUUCAGGAAGGGCUCGGUCAAAGUAGAUUUCAGGAUGACUUUUGAUUCCAAUGAAGACAUACAGGGCAUUGGUAAUAUAACUGAAAAGUUACAGAAAGAUUAUGGAGACGCUGAACUUACUACAGAGGGUUUUGUCAUUAUGACAGCACCAACAGGUAGAGUGAAAUCUAAUACAGGUGUGAUUCUUAGCUGCAAAACCAAUGGACUCUAUGGGGAUGCUUGGAAAUGGUUCUUGAAGAGGGAGGGCAGAGAGGAAGAAACAGAAAUCCAUGGAGGGACUGAAGUGACACUGGAACAUAUAAAUAAAAUUAGCACAAUUAACAUUACAAAAACAUCGAGUGUCUGGAGAGGUUUAUACAUAUGUGAAUUUAAGCAGGAUAUAGUGUCACACCAAGCUAGUGCCUUUUUAGAUAUAGCCCUCCUGCCUGAGAUCAAAAUAUUUAAUGAGCCUCAAUUUCCCAGCUGCAAAGAUUCUAGUUCUAAGAAAGUAACAGUGACUUGUGACAUUAAAAAUACAACUGAAAAAUAUGACCUUAAGUGGGAAGACUCUGACUUCAUCCCUGGAGAGAACAAAUUUGACAGUUAUCGCCGCUCAUACAGCAUCAUCAAAACCGUAGAUUGUAAAUCCAAAACUGACAUCACUGUUUCAUGUAAUUUCACAAACACAGAGAAUCAAACUCAGGGCACAUUCCAUACCAUUCCUGUCAUCUACAGCGACACUAAGGUCUGUAAAACGGAAGGAGACUGGCCUACAGCCAAGGCAGAUCAUGAGGCCAGACUGCCUUGUGAGGGUGAGCAAAGAGGGGAAAGGACCAGGCUAUGCCGGGCCAAUGGAAACUAUGCGCAGGAGAUCUCGAAAUGUGUAAACAUUGACCUGGGCGAUGUAUCUGGACUAGCUUUGGACCUUCAGAGAGGCCUUGGGAAUUUCGCAUUAACAGCUCCAAAGGUUUUUAAGGACAUGAGGAUAUCAACACAAAAAAGCAUAGAUACCACAGCUAACAUCGAAACAUCAGUGUUGAUUUUUCGAACAAUGCUCAACGUUACCUUGGCUAAGAAACAAGCAAUUGAGAAAACUGUGCUACCUGAUUUUCUGAAAUCUGCAAGCAACAUUAUAAAUGACACACUGAAGAGCUCCUGGGAUGGUAAAACAGCCGCUGAAUACCUGCUUAAUGUUAAUGGAUUAUUAGAUCGAGCAAACAUCUCAGUUAGUGAAAAAGAUGAAACACCAAACAUCAACCUCAAACAAUUUAAUGGAUUAGGUGUCGAAGUCUUCAACGUCGGAUUGUCGGUUCCCGAGAAGAACAAUCCCAUUUUGGCCACUGGCUUCCUAAUUCUAGGAGAACUCCUGCCACUUCAAAUUGACAAUAAAACUGACCUGGACAACCGUGGACAACCAGUGCUAUCAGUUAGGCCUAAUUCUUCAAAAGCCAUAAAUGUCACACUUAAGUUUAAACAUGUGAAUCGAACCAAGAACCAUAAGUUGUACUGUGUGGUCUGGGUGCCAAAUGAAAACAGAUGGUCCGAAGAUACAUGCACGUGGGGCGGCGCCAGCAACCCAGAAAUCUGUGAAUGUGAAGUCCCUUCUGGAAAUACCAGAUCCAACAGUUAUAAAGGAGCAUCUUUCACAGUGUUGAUGUCCAAAUACCCGGUCGACAUCCCCUUCAUUGACCAACUAACCCAUGCAGGGCUGAUUGUGUCUGUAGGUUCUCUCUUUGUGUGCCUCGUGAUCGAGUUUGUUGUGUGGAAUGCCGUGGUCAAGUCAAGCAUUGGCCAUUUUCGACACACGGCCAUAGUCAACAUCUCGCUCUGCUUGCUGCUUGCCGACAGCAGUUUCUUGGCCACGUCGUUUCCACAGUCCGCCCCUUCCCAAUGGUGCCGCUGGCUUGUCGUCGUGAAGCACUACUGUUUCCUGGCCAUGUUUUUCUGGAUGCUGUGCUUAAGCUUGGUGCUACUCCACUCCCUGAUUUUCAUAUUCCAGAGGCUGAGGAAGAAGGUCUACUUAGGGGCGUCCUUCACCGUCGGCUAUAUCUGUCCGUUGAUUAUCGUGGUCUUGACGGUCAUUGCCUAUGAUAACGGCAAAGAAGACUCUUACUACCUAGCCUCAACCUGCUGGCUGAAGUAUGAGGGUGGUUUUCAAGGGUCUUUCUUUGCCUUCGUGAUGCCAGUUGGCAUCAUUGUUUCCAUUAAUGUGAUGUCCAUGCUGGUGGUAAUUGCAAAACUGUUGACACCAGCUGUGUCUGAAGGCAGUACUCAAGAUGACAAAGAAGUCAUCAGAAGCAUCCUUAAAGCUGUGAUCUUCCUAACUCCAAUCUUUGGAGUGACAUGGGUUUUUGGAUUCGCUGUUCUGGUGACUGACCACACUUCAACACCCAUGUCUGAGAUUGUGAACUAUGCUUUUACGGUGUGCAAUGCAUUUCAGGGGUUAUUCAUUCUUCUUACUGCUUGCCUGGGAGAAAAAAAGGUUCGAGACCAGCUGUCUGAGAUAAUGAGAUGCAAUUCAAAGGUUUAUAAAACAUCCGGAGGCGAGCUCUCCACCUCCAAGACCUCCAAUCAAAGCUCCGUCAAAAAGAAAUAACACCCAGUCUUGUGGCAUCAUAAUCAUCAAUACCCUUUGCUUUCCUCAGUUCCUCUACUUUUCUGUUAGACAUAAUGCUGUUGUUAAUCUAAUAUGAGUUUAUGAGUGGCGCUGUUUCAUUAACUCAAUCUGCAGUGCAAACAUGCCUCUGAUUUCCAUGGUGUCUGUGUCCUUGCAAUGUGUAGUUGAUACCAAUAUACACUCCUGAGCACAUAAGAUAUAACUACAAAUGAAUACUUAGAAACAUUAUAUCUUCCCUGUUACUUCAGAACUAAAUAAAUAUUACAAUAGGUGUAUAAAUACUGUACUUUCAUUUCUGACAACAAACACAUUGCACCUUCAUUUGUAAAUAACUUUGUAAUGACUAUUAACAAUAUGUACCAGUAUCUGGUGUACCAAGAUUUUGGGUAACACCAAUAUCACAAAUAUUCUGGCCAUAUACUGUACAAAUAAAACAGUUUUCUAUAAUUCUUUAACAGAAAGAGUGGAAUUUGAGUUGAUGUCAAUUGAUUUGGUGAUCUUACUUGACUUUGGUCAAUUGAUUUUACUGUUGUUAAUAUUGUCCUGUAAUGACCACUGAUCUAUAGCACAUACAUGGAAAGAUAGUGGAACAGGUGUGGUUAUCUGCUCUUCAUGUGACCAAAUUG